AUGGCAUCGCCAACACUAUCACCAUGUCUGGUCAACACGCCCAACGGGCACAUUCCCGCUUCCCAGAGGAUCCCUGCCAUUGCCCGGCCUUUUGUCAGCGACCGCGCCAGAGAAACACUCGACCUGCUUGAGAAGUUCGUCGAAGAAGAAUGUAUCCCCGCCGACGCCGUCUUCCAGCAACAGCUCGGGCGCACCACCGCAGAGCGCUUCACCAACCACCCGCAGAUCAUCGAGGACCUCAAGACCAAGGCCCAGCGCCUCGGCCUGUGGAACAUGUUCCUGCCCAAGAACCACUUCAAGGACCAGGGCGCGGGCUUCAGUAACCUCGAGUACGGGCUGAUGGCCGAGUGCCUCGGGCGCAGCGACACGGCCAACGAGGCGACCAACUGCUCGGCGCCCGAUACCGGCAACAUGGAGGUCUUUGCCAAGUAUGGGACAGACGAGCAGAAGCGCCGGUGGCUGGAUCCGUUGCUCAAGGGCCGUAUUCGGUCGGCGUUUCUCAUGACCGAGCCGCAGGUUGCCAGUAGCGAUGCCAAGAAUAUCGAGCUGAGCAUCAGGAGGGAUGGCGAGGAUUACGUCUUGAAUGGCCAGAAAUGGUGGUCCAGCGGCGCUGGUGAUACCCGCGCCAAAGUCUUCCUCGUCAUGGGCAAGUCUGACCCCACCAACCCGGACCCCUACAAGCAGCAGACCGUGAUAGCACUGCCCUCCGACACCCCAGGGAUUACCAUCAAGCGCAUGCUUUCAGUCCUGGGCUACGACGACGCUCCCCACGGCCACGGCCACGUCUUUUUCGACAACGUCCGUGUCCACCAGCGCAAUGUGAUUCUCGGCCAAGGUCGAGGCUUCGAGGUCGUCCAGGGGCGCCUGGGGCCUGGCCGGAUCCAUCAUGCUAUGAGAUCUGUGGGUGCGGCAGAAAAAGCCCUCGAGUACUUCCUCGCACGAAUCAACGACCCCCGCAAGAAGCCCUUUGGGAAGCAACUAAGCGAGCACGGAAUCAUGCUCGAGCGCGUCGCCCGGUCGCGCAUCGAAAUCGACGCCGCGCGCCUCGCGGUCCUCAACGCUGCGAUCAUGAUCGACCAGGGCAACGCCAAGGACGCACGCAAGGAGAUCGCCGAGGUCAAAGUCCAGGUCCCCGCCAUGUUGAUUGACGUGAUUGAUCGCGCGAUCCAGGCGCACGGGGGUGGCGGCGUGUCGCAGGAUUUCCCCCUGGCAAACAUGUUUGCUGGAGCGCGCACGAUGAGGAUUGUGGAUGGGCCUGAUGAGGUGCAUAUCCUGCAGCUGGGCCGGAAUGAGAAUAAGCGGGGCACGGUGUUGCUAGGUAAGAUUGAGGCGCAGAAGAAGAAGACGGAGGACCUCUUUAGGCAGUAUAAUGUCGUUCAACGGGAUCCGUUGCAACUUGAUAGGCGCAGUGGCAGCGUGGCGAAGCUUUAG